CGAUGGUUGUUUAUGUCUGCAGUACUUUUUAAACUGAUUUAUUAACUUAAGUAGUAUCCGAUAAGUAUAAAAAUUGCUAAGAUACUAGCAAGUGUAUUGUGUGUUUGUGUCGUUAACGUGGGCAAAUGCGUGGGUAAAGAGGUUACUUAAUCUGUGUAUUCAGGAGGGCAAUCGUACUUGUGAGACCCAGGUUACGGGAGUUAAUUGAUAAUUGGCCUGUAUAAUUGGAUUUAACCGUUCACACCUCCACACAUCGACAAGGCACACCCGCUGGGCGUAACCGUUAAUAACCGCCAGCAGCCAUGGCUACCUUAGACGACAAGUUGCUCGGUGAAAAAAUACACAACUAUUGCAGUAGCAGCGAAGAUGAGGCCGGAGAUGAUGAUUGCGAUUCGUCGGAAGCAUCCAAGGGCGGUAGUUCCGCACGGGGUGCCUCAUCCAAGCUGAGCUCCCGCGGCGCCGCAAGCUCCGAGGCUCCGGGAGCGGUGCAAAAUAAAACGCACUGGACGGGGACGGCUGGAAAUACCGGCCCGAAGGGUGUGAUACAGGAUUGGCAGCGGUUCAAGCAACUGGAGGCCGAGCGGCGCGAACAUGAUGAGGCGGAAAAGUUGCGUCUGCUGAAAAAGCUCAGUAUUACGGCGCGCACGAAAGAAGAGGAUAAGGCAGCCGAAGCGAUGAGCGAGCUGGAUGCCGAAUUUCAGGAGCUCAUGGAUGAAGAUUUCCUGCAGGAGUAUCAACGAAAGCGCAUGGCCGAAAUGCUUGCCAUGAUGGACAACAGGAAGGGCUGUUUCGGUGAGCUGAUCGAUCUGAAGAAUGGGGACGAUUUCCUACAAGCCGUCGAUAAGGAGGAUAAAAACGUCACCGUCGUUAUCCACAUCUACCGGGAAAAGUAUGGACCGUGCACGAAAAUGAAUGCGGCACUGCAACAGCUGGCGAAAGAGUAUUUGAACGUAAAGUUUUGCAAGUUCAUCAGCAGCGAUGCGGGGCUGAGCAAUACCUUUAAAACGUCUGGUGUGCCAGCGCUGCUGAUUUACAAGGGUGGCCAGAUGAUCGGCAACUUCGUGAAGCUGGUCGACGAUCUGAGCGAUGAGUUCGAUUUCGGAGACGUUGAAAGCUUCCUGGUCGAGAAUGGCAUUAUCAAUGACAGAUCAUGUAAACCGACAAUCGUUGCGCAGCAAUAAAAAAUGGAUCUCAUUUUACAU